AUGGCUGUGAUUAUUCUUAUUCCAUACCAUAUAUGGUCUGCAAGGAACAAACGGAAAUAUGAAUGUUUGGAAAGAAAUCAUUCUUUUGUGGUCAAGGCAGUGUUGAGAGAUUUAAUUGAUUUUUCCAAGUUAGUUCCAAUCAAUAUCAAGUCGGUAUCGGAGCUUGUAUUUUCCAGACAGUUAAAGGUACUGAUAUCUCCAUCAACAACAAGGAAGAUUGUUAAAGUACCUUGGCAAUGCCUUCCCUUGGUAUAUUGGAAGCUCAAUAUUGAUGGGUGCUCGCUCGGAAAUCCUGGUUGCUCUGGGGCUGGAGGGAUUUUGCAUGACGACCAGGGGAUUCCCUCUAGGUUGUUUGCAAAUUAUGAAGGGAUUUCUUCAAACUUUGUUGCUGGAUUCAUAGCUUUUUUUGCUGGUAUCAAUCAUACAAGAUCAAUGAAUAUCCGAAAGCCCUGGAUUGAAUGCGAUUCAAUGGCCGUCGUAAUGUGCAUCAAGAACAAAAAAAAUUCCAUGGAUGUUUCAGCAGGAUUGGUGGUAUUAAGAGCUACCUAG